UCGAACCUUCACUUCACAACCAUGAACUAUGCAAAUUUAGUUGUGGGUUCCACCGUUACACCCUCUUUCUUUCAUUUCUUGUGUACCAGCCUGUAAAGAGCUGUGCAGAUUUUCGCUUCAAAUUUCAAAAAGCUUUAGCUUGCUGUUCAUCAUCUUCUGUCUUCAUUCCAAAUGAGGUAAGAAUUACUAAAUCAACCUAUUUUUCCACAACUUUCCAUUGCUCAGUUCAAAGCCCUAGUCACCACAAUCUUAUCUUGUUUCAGUAUUUCUUCAGACAUUGCUUUUUUUUUUUUUUUUUCAAUCCUAGGGUUUUUGACAUUUUUAUUGGAGUUACCCAUUCCUUGCUUUGCCUCAAACUUUCUUGAUUCAUCACUAGUUUUUGGGGAUUUUAAGGUUGUGAAUGUCCAAGAAAAUGAGUUUCUUGAAGUGGGUUGCUUGAAAUCUUUAACCUUUAACUUCAAGAAAUUUGGGGAUUUGUAGGUUAUGAUGUCCAAGAAUAUGUGUUUCUUAAAGUGGGUAUCUUUAGUUCUUGCAUUUACUAUCUGUAUCUAUAUCCAUCCAUCAUCAUCUCAUUCAUUCAGUCCUAUUGAUAGCUACUUAAUUGCUUGUGGUUCUACCCAAAAUGUCACAUAUCUUGGUCAAACCUAUGUUCCGGAUUCCUCCCAAUCAUCAAUGGUUUCUUUAACCAACCAAGAAACUUCAAAUGUAGUCGAUUCCAAUUCCACUGUCCCGUUACCUGUUCACCGAUCGGCCCGAGUGUUCACCACAACCACCUCGUACAAGUUCAAAAUCAAGAAACAGGGCCGCCAUUGGAUCCGCCUCUACUUUUACCCCAUCCCAGGCCACAACCUUACAUCGGCUUCUUCGUUAACUGUAGUAACCGAAAGCUUUGUCCUCUUAAGCAACUACACCUUUAAAUCCUACAAUGGUUCGAACCACCUGUUUAAAGAGUACUCGAUAAAUGUUACUUCGGGUUCGUUGCUUUUGAAUUUUAUCCCUUCAAACAACUCGGUUGCAUUCGUCAACGCGAUUGAAGUUGUAUCUGUACCCGACUAUUUGAUCCCGAAUGAAGCUACAUCUGUAUUCCCGAUUACCACAAUUAACGGGCUUUCGAAUCAAGCAUUCGAAACUAUGUACCGUUUGAAUAUGGGCGGCCCAAAACUAACCCCGCAAAACGAUACAUUGGGAAGAACUUGGGAAAAUGAUAAAAAGUAUCUUCAUGUGAACGGGUCAGCUGCAAGUGUCUCGGUCAUCCCGUCAAUUAUAAAGUAUACCGAAAGUGUCACACCCGAAAUUGCACCGAAUUGGGUGUACGCAACUGCUCAAACAAUGGGAAAUGCUAAUGUUGCUAAUUUGGACUUCAAUAUCACUUGGGUUCUUCCGGUUGAUCCCGAUUUCACUUACUUUGUUCGUGCACAUUUUUGCGAUAUCGUGAGCACGUCUCUAAACACCCUUGUGUUCAAUUUGUUUAUAAAUUCCGAGAAUGCGUAUCCCGAUAUUGAUUUAUCGACAUUAACCGGUAACCUCGAUGUGCCUGUUUACAAAGAUUUUGUCUGCAAUUCAUCCGAUAAUUUAAGCACUUUGACUGUAAGUAUCGGUCCGGAUAGUGUUGCGGAUUAUCAAAACGCGGUUUUGAACGGUCUCGAAAUCUUGAAAAUUAGCAACGAGGCUCGAAGCUUAGACGGGCUUACUUCAGUGGAGAAUUUUAUUUUGUUUCCGUCGAAGAAAACUAUAAAACCCGCUUUGGUUAUCGGAUGUGUUUUAGCCGGUUUGGUUGCGAUAGUCGGUUUACUUUUGUGUUAUUGUUUCUUGGUGCCGAAAAGAUCGAAAACGGGUAAUCAAAAACCGUCAUGGUUACCACUUCCGUUACAUGGAAACUCACUCACUAUGACGAAAGUCUCAACCGUUUCUCAAAAAAGCGGAACCGCAAGCUGCAUCUCGUUAGCGUCGUGUAACCUUGGUAGAACCUUUACAUUUCAAGAAAUCAUGGAAGCAACGAACCGAUUUGAUGAGAAUCUGCUUCUUGGAGUUGGCGGUUUCGGGCGGGUGUAUAAAGGAACAAUGGAAGACGGGACCCACGUAGCGGUGAAACGAGGAAACCCGAGAUCCGAACAAGGGCUUGCGGAGUUCAGGACCGAGAUCGAAAUGCUAUCGAAGCUUCGGCACCGGCAUUUGGUGUCACUUAUCGGGUAUUGUGAUGAACGGUCGGAAAUGAUUCUUGUUUAUGAGUACAUGGCUAACGGACCGUUACGAAGUCAUCUUUACGGGACCGAUCUACCGCCGUUAUCGUGGAAGCAACGGCUCGAGAUCUGUAUCGGUGCAGCUAGAGGUCUACAUUAUCUUCACACGGGUGCAACGCAGAAGACGAUCCACCGCGAUGUCAAAACAACCAACAUAUUACUAGAUGAAAACUUUGUAGCAAAAGUCGCGGACUUCGGGCUCUCGAAAGCGGGCCCGGCUCUCGACCAAACCCACGUCAGCACCGCUGUGAAGGGUAGUUUCGGGUAUCUCGAUCCCGAGUAUUUCAGAAGACAACAGUUGACCGAAAAGUCAGACGUGUACUCAUUCGGGGUCGUUUUAAUGGAAGUUGUCUGUUCAAGACCGGCUUUGAACCCGGUUCUUCCAAGAGACCAAGUCAACAUUGCCGAGUGGGCGCUGACGUGGCAAAAGAAGGGCAUGCUGGAUCAGAUCAUGGACGGAAACCUCACCGGAAAAGUGAAUCCGGCGUCGUUAAAGAAGUUCGGUGAGACCGCGGAGAAGUGUUUGGCGGAGUACGGUGUUGACCGUCCUUCGAUGGGAGAUGUGUUAUGGAAUCUGGAGUAUUCGUUGCAACUUGAAGAAACGUCGUUGGCGUUAAUGGAGCCAGAUGACAAUAGCACGAAUCAUAUUCAGGCGAUCGCGUUAACUCCACUCGAGCCGUUUGAGAACAGCACGAGUAUGGUUGAUGUGGCGCAGUCGGGCACGGAUGAAGAGGCCACUAGUGCAGUGUUUUCCCAGCUUGUUAAUCCACGAGGAAGAUGAUCUAAAGUCCAUUUGAAGAUGAUUUAUUAUGUUUUUAUAUGUUAUGUCUCUAGCAUUUAUUUUUGUAAACACUUGUUCAGUGAUCAAUAUAUACUAAAUAUAGGCCAAGAGAAUAUCCUUGCUUGAUGUGCA